GGAUUUGUUGCACGCCUCUGCGGAACAGCCACAACCACUGACGACGAUUCCGCGGACGACGGUGGCGAACCAGGCGUCGACAAAUCUGCGAAGGAGAAAAAGUUUGGUCGCGUGCUGGGCAAUUCUCUGGCGUCGAGGCUUCACGGCGAGGAUUACGACAGCGACGAGGGUGGCGGGAGUGAGCAGGGGGGAAGCGAGGCAAGCCACAACCAGAGCCACGGACACCACCAGCACCGCGGCACGGCGCCCGGCCUGUACCAUGAUUCCGAGGCGGCGGUGCAUCACGGCCCACGACACAGACAGCACAACGGGCUGCCACAACGGGAAGACGCCAUGCAAUUGAAGCUGUCGGCGACUCAGUACGACUUCGCCAUCUGCAAGCUUCAGCCAAAUACAGCCAUUGCAAAGGAGCUUCAGCAGCCAGUGACCGGACUGAUAAGCCUCUGGCAACAGAAAGGCGGCCGUGAUCUGAACGUUCACGUGCAUGUGAUGGGACUCAAGGUGAACGAGAGCGCACGCGAUCACCGAGCCUUCAUGCACGGAAUGCACGUGCAUCAGCUGGGAAACCUGAGCGACAGCUGCCAGUCAACGGGACCUCACUUCAACCCCACCGACACUACGCAUGGAGACCGCAGAUCUACCAUCAGACACGUUGGGGACUUCGGGAACAUUGCGUGUGACAAGCAUGGCGAGAGCAACGUCAUCUUCACUGACACCGUCGCGUCCCUGACUGGUCCUCACUCCAUUGUAGGUCGUUCAAUCAACAUCCACGCUCGCAUGGACGACCUCGGCCGGAACCCUGACAAUCCAGCGAGCGUGUCGUCCGGAGACUCUGGGCCUCGCGUGGCCUGUUGCAUCAUCGAGAAAGUGGACAAGCUGCCUCAGCUGAGCAGCAAGGCUGCUCGUCGAAUUCUGCGCGACAUCAUGCAGCCGUUCAGCGACUUCGAGAGCGAGUGAAUAGUGUCCGCUUGAACAAUAGAGUUUCAUAACAGUCCACUAGAGGGAAAUCUGGCGCUAGUGUCUACGGGAGCUGCAAUGCAUGGCUCUUCAGCCAGCAUGAGUAGUACAUGGAUUUGCCUAAGCUUCGUUCUUUCGGCUCCGUAUGGCCUGCAGCCGCUUUAUCGCAAGACGAAGUUCAGCAUAUGUUCAACAGCCCCACUUCCCCGCCUUUGACCCUUCUAGGCUCACCCAUUCAAAUCAGCUCACGAGGUUCGCAACGAACCACCCUUCUAUCCAAAACAAGGCCAAAACACAAGGAUAAACAAACACAAGUUCGUUUUAAGCCGAAAGCACGAAGGUUAGUCAAAUCCAUGUACUAUACCCAUCAUUCUCAUGGUGGCUUGAACUAUAUACAGCGAAACGCCUCCAUUGAGAUUCUUGAGUUUUUUUUUUUUUUUUCUAGGGACUUUCAACAUACUUCGAUAAACAAGUCGCUUCGUUGUAGAGGUCGCGCCCCGUAGCGCUUUCGAUGCAGCUGGAAUGUAAGGAAUCAUUCGUUAUACAGUUAACGUUCUUGUAGGGGCGUUCGUUGUAGAGGCUUAUGAUUCACAGUGGGCAGGUAGGAGCCAGUGUGGGGUGCACUAACGGAAUCGCGAACAAAUCCACAAAGCUGUUUGUUAUAAGCGUCCACUUGCAUUGGCCAGCCGGCUCCUUUAACGAUAUGUUUAGCAUCAGUAUUCGGUAAAAUUUUUUGUGACGAACAAGUCUGCCGUAAGAUGACUUUUUAUCUUCUUUUCUUUGUGUGUGUGAAUGCGAGUGACAAUUUUUGUCUAUUUUUUCGUAACACUUCAUCUCAUUUGCAUGCGAAUAUCGUAAUACGUGCAUCAUUCAUUUAUUGUAUGAACGACUUGCAAUUAACAUUACCUUUUUUCGCUUAAAGUUGAUGCAAUGAAGGUCUUCAAGCGUCAUGCCAAGUUCACCGUAAACGUCUUGCCUGCGUCAAUGGUGAAGCAAGCGUGGGUAUAAGGUCGGCAUGCCAUUUAUUAUCUCAUGACAGUUAUGCGAGGCGAGCAUCAGGUGGCCUAGAAAAUUGCAUAUUGGCUUGAGAAACUAAUCUUCGGAGUGCCCGGGCAAGUACGACUGUUACCUGAGGCUUAUGUAAGUCUGGCUUUUCAUUGUUCUACUUGCCAACGACUGGCUCUUACAGUUACUUUUUUGUUGCUUUUUUUAACGUCGUGUAAAGGUCACUCCAGUCUAGAGGUCACGACAGUGGGAAUAUAUGGCGCAAGCAUCUUCUUGGCUGUAAAUUAUACAGACGAAGAAGAGUUACAAUGUCGAUAAUAGGUCUUUUUCUACAAAAUGAGCAUGUUUCCUUGGCUCAAAUGCUUCGUUCAGUUACUUUAAGAAAUCAACUAAUAUUUUGCUCUUGCCUUGAUAUAGCGCGCGAGUUGUUAAUUAGGUGCAGCUUUAAUAAGAAAAUACGCAUAUAAUGUGAAGGCCCACGAGCUGAUUGUCAAUGAUUUUGAAUACUAGACUACUUCCUGCUAUAACCGGUCGAAAUAGUUCUAUCUACGCACAAAUAAAUCAAAUACGAGAGUUCUUUUAAAAAAUGCCGUCAUAGCACGCCAACUUCCUUGUAUUUUUGCUAAGUGCCUACUUCUCAACAAAAUAUUGUAUCCUUCUGUA